GCUUUUGAAAAGUGUUGAAUUUUGUUGAACGUUUGCUUUGAAGCGGAUAAAUUAAUUGGUUAUAAUUCUUAAGCUAUACAUUUCAUUUACUUGCAUUUAGCAGCACUCAAAUGCGCUAAAGCUCUUUGUAAUACAAUCCUAGCAGCCUUUUGGCUAAUCCAUCUGUCAAUCAGAAAGUUGUGUGAAACUCUUUGACAGAAUAUUCGGCAGUGCCAUACUCCGUCAUCAUGCCGCUGGAACUGAUUGUCAUAUCGCUGAUGCGCACCAGCAAAUGGAUAAAUGUGCUGAUGCUCAAUACCCCGGACGAGGACAAGGCCAGGCAGCAGAGCAGACGCAUCGACGUGAGCUCCAAUGGCAUACGCUGGAUCGAGCGUGACUUUGAGCAAUUCACGCCCCUCGGCAACUUCUUUGAGAUCAACACAAACCCCGAAGCGGGCAUCACAGUUGACAAGGAGACUAACAAUGCGACAGCCCUAAAGCUCAGUCUAGUUCAUAUCAACGAUGCAGCGCUCGACCAACAAACUGUGGAUGUUUCCAUAGAGGAAUUGCGACUACUCCUUAACGAAUCCAUGGCUUGUGGGCUGCACUGCAGCAAUUGCUACAACGAACUAGUAACCGAGCGACGUUUCAGCUGCAUUCGUCCCAUGCCCAUUCACACCAUGGAGCCGCUGAAGUACUUCUGUCCUAGCAAUAAGUUACCGACAUUCCUUGAUGAGGGCGAGCUAUACUAUGCCCUCAACUAUAUUGUGAUAAGUCCCAAAGUUCUGAGCAAACGUGUUAUUCAGUGUGGCGGGCAUGUUCAUUGUGCCCGCUGUUUGCAGUUGGUGGGCGAGUCGCUAGGCGAGAAGGUAGCCGUGCAGCUGUACGUGGAUACGCUCUGGGUGGCGCCGGGUGGUCGAGAUGAGCUGCCCGAGGGGCGUCUAGAGAAGCUCUUUGGCCAACUGACGGUCUCUCAGCUAAUGCUGCACCUGCUGCAAGAUGCCGUUCCCAUUAGCGAGGACAAGACGAGGCUAUUUCUAAAGACAGUCCGACCGGAUGGUCAGCUGCAUUACAUGCUGCUUUUAGUGGAUACUAGCCAGCUGCAUCUGCUGCGCUCCAAGCUAUCGCUGAUCGAGGAUCUCAAUGUCAGCAGCAGUCAGAAGGACAGCUUCGACGAUGACGACGAGGAGACUAACGAGGACUGCGACAGCAGCACCGAGAGCAGCACCGAAAGCAGCAGCGACAGCGCCUUCGCAGCCAUCGAAACCAGUGACGAUGAUGACAGUGAGCCAAAGGCUAAACGCCAGCGCCACAGCGAUUCGAAGCCGGUACACGAGGUGAAGGUGCGUGGCUAUCGAGGCUGCCGCAUCAACUAUCACAUAUUCAGCAGCGACGAGGAGCUGGCCGCCAAUACGGAACUGAUCGAACAGUGGCGCAGAGAGGGCACACCCAUGCUGCGCAUCUCCUAUAUGAUGAUGAUGGAUCUUCUGCGGGAGCUGAAUGUGAACGAGCUGCUGGUGGCCACACUGGAGCGCAUCGCACCGGAUGAGAAAGAGGGACACGUCAGCUACAUCAUCUACGAACCCGUUGAGGAUAUUUAGUUCACGUAUCGGCAGAUCGGAGAGCACUUGCUGAAAUCGCAUUCCACCUCAGAGUUGAUAUAUUUCAUUAAAUUGUCAACAUG